AUGGUCAUUCUGCAUCACCUCAACAACUUCGCGGCCAUGGAUCACAUCCAAACGCCAAGCCCUCCUAUUACUCCUCCUGCCCACGAGGAGUGCCUCUCCCCAGCUCUCCCCUCCCCCAAUGAGUGCAACGACAAGAUCAUGGGUGAAGCUCAAAACCGCCAGCCUUCUCCCGACAGGGCGUCGCGCUCUUCCUUCUCCUCUAUCCGCGAGAACGAAAAUACGCUUACCCAGACCUUCACUCACUCCAAGGUCUCCCAAUUCGACGUCGACGAAGAGGUUGUUGACGAUCGCACCCCCGAGGUCACUCCUGGCCCUUCGACUCUCGACAAGAUCAACGCCUUCAACAUGAUCCAGACCCAGUUCCGCCCCCCAGUGACCCAGCCCAACAGCAGGCUUCGCGGCUAUGUUGCCCCCGCCGACAGCUUCCAAGGAUGGAAGGGAAUCCAGGUUAAGGGCAAGCUUGCUAGCAGGAGCUUCGGAGACCUGACCAUCUUGAAUAACGUCUGGGGCAGUGCGCCAAAGGCUCCCCGAAAUGUCACCAUCAGGCCGGGUGAGGCUGCCAUCGAGAGGCUUCCUGUCGAAAUUUUGAGCGCCAUCAUCAGUCUCCUCGUCCUCGACAUUCCCCCGAACGGCGUAUCCCGGCGCAAUAUCGAUCUCAUGUCGCUGUUGCUGACAUCCAAGACACUGCAUUUUGCUACCUUGAGCACGCUGUACAGCCAGAUUACGAUCCCCCACUCGAGAAUCUUCCACAAGUUCCUGACCCAUAUCGCCGAGCACCAAACGCUGGGCACAAUCGUCCGACGACUCGACUUCUGCCACUUCAACCCUUCGCAGCUCUUCUCCACGGCCGCCGAGCGAUCCCUGGCCCGCAACUUGACUUCCGAGACCUUGCUCCGAUGCCUUGAGUUGACUCCCAACCUUCAGGAGUUCUUGGUCCAGGAGCACAUCGACCAGGAUUUGAGCGCGGAUGUGUUGAGGAAGCUGUUUUUGGGUCUCGAGCGCAUAGAGGCCUUGGACUUUUGCGGAUGCACUUCGACAUUCUUCAAGGAUUCCUUCACGGCCAUAGUGACGCCGGAUUGGCCUGCGCAGUUGUCGGUUCGCCGCCUCUCGCUUCACAAGUGCUUGACACUGCCUUCGAUUGUUUUUGAGACGAUUCUUCCCCGGCUUACCCGGUUGACGCAUCUUGAUGUCGCCGGCACUCGCAUCACUGAUGCGGCCCUCAUGUCGAUCCCCUACACGGCCAGGAUCACUCACCUGAAUAUCGCCAAAUGCAAGUUGCUCUCCGCACGCGGCGUGAUUGAUUUUCUCGCCAACCACCCUGCGGCACAGGGUCUCGUAUACCUGAGCUUGGCUACCGAUGCCAGAAGCCACCAGCUCUUUGAUGUCGAAGAUAUUUCGGAGCUGCUUCCCGUCCUUCCCAAGACGCUCAAGUCGCUCAGCUUGAAGGGAAGCAGGAUGGAUCCUUCGCACAUUGAUUUGCUCCGACCAUUGACCAAGCACCUUGAGGAGUUGUCUAUUGGCCGAUCCCUCCUACUGGAGGAUGUUAACCGUCUUUUUGUGCCGGAUGAGACGGACGAUGUUGAUAAGCAGCUCGAAUGGGUUCCGCACACGCUCAAGUUCCUCGAUCUCUCAGACUUCUGGGGUAACGAGUUGGACCUGGUUUAUCUGUUCAACAGCCGCUGUGCGAUCAUGAAGCCUUUCUCGGCUCCCCUUGAAGUGGUUGAGUUGGCCGAAGAUGUUUUCCGUCGUGUGGUGAAGUCGUCUGCCACCUUGCAGCGCAUGGGCUGGCGCACCUCAGAGGUCGGAAGCCGCGGAUGGAUGGUGCGACAGAAGUCUCAGGACCCCUCUGUGCCACGCGACGACGGCAGCCGCGGUUGGAAGAUGGGCGCCGAGGCCUGGGGAAUGAGAAAGAUCCCCGUCGCGAGAGCUGAGGUCGGCGGCAUGUACGGGAGCUUCAUGUUUGGGCGCAAGCUUUAA